AUGUCCGUCGACAAUCCCCCAGCCGCGCACGAUUCCCAGCGCAGGACAGAGGCCUUGGUCGAUUCGGCAAACGAGGUUGUGGGACACAAUGCCCAGGCUCUGAAUACUGGGAUCCCCUACCCAUCGGCUGUAGGCCCUUCCAUCGCUCCUCCUGAUGUUACCAUCGGCAUCCCUCAAUCCGAGUCGACCCCGGCCAAACCUGCUCCCUCUGAAUACAGCGAGAAACCCUUCCGGACGUCUACCAACUCGUCCGAUAAGCUUCGUGAACCAGCUUUGGAAAAGUCAUCCACAAACGCCUCUGCCCCUACCAAAAAGUCCAAGUUUGCCCUUCACAAGUCGAAAAAGAAGGACAAGAAGACGGACAAGAAGAAGGACGACGACGAAGCCAAUGUUCUUCCUCCCGUCUCGUUUGCCGCCCUCUUCCGGUUCUCUACCUCGUUCGAGCGAGUCGGCAUGGUCCUCGGACUCUUUCUCGCUAUCGGCGCCGGUGCCGCACAGCCCCUCAUGACCCUCAUCUUUGGUCGACUCACCACAUCGUUCACAAACUUUGCCGUCAUCGUACAAGGUAUCGAGGAUAACGGUGCUUCGGUCGAUGCUGCUGCGGCUCUCGAAGCUGCCAAGGCCGAUUUGAAGCUGAAUGCCGGGCACGAUGCACUGUAUCUUUUGGCCAUCGGUGUAGGCAUGUUUUUGGCUACUUGGGCGUACAUGUUCAUCUGGAACGUUACUGGCGAGCUCAGCUCUAAACGGUUGCGCGAAAAGUAUCUUGCCGCUGUCCUCCGACAAGAAAUUGCUUACUUUGACGACCUCGGCGCCGGUGAAGUGGCCACUCGCAUCCAGACAGACUGUCACCUCGUCCAAGAAGGCACUUCUGAAAAGAUCGGUCUCGUCUUUCAAUACCUCGCCCAAUUCGUCACCGGUUUCGUCCUCGCCUUUGUCAAGUCCCCGCGUCUAGCCGGAGCGCUCUUCUCCAUCUUUCCUGUCAUCAUGAUGGUCGGCGGAAUCAUGAUGAAGGGCAUGUCCAAGUAUGGCACUGGGAGUCUGGAGUAUAUCGCAAAGGCAGGCAAUAUCGCGGAAGAGGUCAUCGGGAGUAUCAGGACUGUCCAUGCUUUUGGUAAAGAAAAGGUCUUGGGCGACAAGUUCAACCAUCAGAUCGAAUUGAGCCGGAAGAUGGGCAAGAAAGGGUCCAACUACGAAGGUAUCGGCUUGGGCAUCAUGUUUUUUGCCAUCUACGCGGCUUACGCGCUGGCCUUCUUCUAUGGUGGUGUGCUUGUCACGCAAGGCCGAGUCGACUCUGGAACAGUCAUCACCGUCUUCAUGUCCAUCCUCAUUGGUUCAUUUAGUAUGGCCAUGCUCGCUCCCGAGAUGGCAGCAGUCACCAAAGCUCGCGGUGCUGCCGCUAAACUGUACUCUACCAUCGACCGUGUCCCGCCUAUCGACUCGGCUAGCCCUGACGGCCUGACACCCGACUCUGUCAGGGGAGAGAUUAGUCUUGAGGGGGUCAAAUUCCAUUAUCCGUCGAGACCGGGCGUGCCCAUCCUUAAAGGUUUUACAACUACGUUUGAGGCUGGAAAGACUUUUGCGCUGGUCGGUGCGUCAGGAAGCGGCAAAAGUACAGUCAUCUCCCUUAUCGAACGAUUCUACGACCCCAUCGCUGGUACCGUCAAGCUCGACGGCAUCGACAUCAAAACGCUCAACCUCAAAUGGCUCCGCCAACAGAUCGGUCUCGUCUCCCAAGAACCCACCCUGUUUGGCACCACAGUCCGCGGCAACGUCGAACACGGUCUCAUCGGCUCCAAAUGGGAACACGCCUCCCCCGAAGAAAAGUUUGAGCUCGUCAAGAAAGCUUGUAUCGAUGCGAAUGCGCACGACUUUAUCAUGCGGCUUCCGGAGGGGUACGAGACGUCUGUAGGUGAGAGAGGGAUGUUGUUAUCGGGCGGGCAGAAGCAGAGGGUGGCGAUCGCUAGGGCCAUUGUAUCCGACCCGAGGAUCUUGUUGUUGGACGAGGCUACUUCGGCGUUGGAUACGCAGAGUGAGGGGAUUGUGCAGGAUGCCCUGGACAGGGCUUCUCGGGGGAGGACGACCAUUACCAUCGCUCAUCGCUUAUCUACAAUUCGAGAUGCCGAUAGGAUCUAUGUGAUGGGUGCCGGAGAGGUCCUCGAGGAAGGUUCUCACAACGAACUGUUAGCUACCGAAGGUAGUGUUUACGCCCAACUCGUCAACAACCAGAAACUCGCUCAAGAAGCAGCCGUCGAAGCUCUCACCCCUGGAGCAGAGCCCGUACAAACCGAGACUGAAGACGUCUUUGAGGACGAGAUCCCUCUCAAGCGGGCUGCGACUGGCAGGUCUUUGGAGAGUAUCGCCAUGGAUGGGGAACAGGCAAGGCGCAAGGCAGAGGCUGAAGAGGAUGACAAGCUGCCUUCGAGCUACAAGCUCUAUGCGAGGUUGCUCAAGAUCAACAAGGCUGAGAAGAGGACUUACUUUUAUGGCUUUUUGGGUGCUGUAUGCUCGGGGAUGGUCUACCCUUCGUUGGCUAUCCUGUUCGGCAAAACUUUGGCCGAUUUCGAGAUUACAAACUUUGGAGAGCUGCGACAUGCUCUUGACCGGAAAGCUUUGUAUUUCUUCAUCUCCGCCAUCGGUUCCGCACUGGUCAUGUUCCUGCAAGCUUCCGGAUUCUCACGUACUGGAUGGGAUUUGAACGCGACCUUGAGGCAGAAGCUGUUCCAUGCCGUUCUGAGACAUGAUAUCAGAUGGUUCGAUGAAGAGGAGAACUCUACUGGCGCUGUGACGUCCAACCUUGCCGACCAACCUCAAAAGGUCCAGGGUCUCUUUGGUCCCACACUCGGUACGAUAGUGCAAUCUUGUGCGACCUUGAUUGGCGGUUGCAUCAUCGGUCUCUGCUACGGCCCUCUCCUCGCUGUGAUUGGUAUCGCCUGUGUCCCGCUGCUCGUAUCUGGCGGUUGGCUUCGACUCAAGGUUGUCGUUCUCAAGGAUCAACGCAUGAAGAAGCUGCACGCUGCCAGUGCUCAUCUCGCUAGCGAGGCUGCCGGCGCAGUAAGGACUGUGGCGAGCCUUACGAGGGAAGAUGAUGUGGGGAGGAUUUACUCUAAUGCUUUGUUGGAGCCCAUGAAGGUCAACUUCAAGACGUCCAUCUACAGUCAAGCGUUCUAUGCGGCAAGUCAAGGUAUAACCUUCUUGAUUAUCGCUUUGGUCUUUUACAUCGGCGCCCUCUGGAUCAUCUCCGGGAGAUACAGCACUUCCACGUUCUUCACUGUCCUGAACUCUAUCGUCUUUGCGGCCAUACAAGCCGGUAACAUCUUUUCCUUUGUCCCCGACGCCUCCAAAGCCAACUCGUCUGCUGCCUCCAUCUUCCGCACCAUCGAUGACCGACCUUCUAUCGAUUCUAACUCGACCAAUGGCCAGUCACUCGGAGAGGGAGAGGUGGACGGUCAUGUCAGGAUUGAAGGUGUGCACUUCCGGUAUCCGACAAGGCCCGGAGUGAGAGUGUUGAGGGAUCUGAGUAUCGAUGUGCCCGCUGGGAGCUACAUUGCGCUUGUUGGGCCAUCUGGCUGCGGUAAAUCUACUACCAUUCAGAUGUUGGAACGCUUCUACAACCCCCUGGUCGGACGAGUUACUUUGGACGGAGUAGAUAUUAAGGACAUCAACGUUUCCAGCUACCGAAGUCAUAUCGCACUCGUUUCGCAAGAGCCGGCAAGUGCCAACAAGCCUAUGGAACAAGUCACUCAAGAAGAGAUCGACGCUGCCUGCCGAGAUGCCAACAUCUAUGACUUUAUCAUGUCGCUCCCUGACGGUUUCGACACUGAAGUCGGCGGCAAGGGCUCUCAACUUUCCGGUGGACAAAAGCAACGUCUUGCUAUCGCCCGUGCCCUCAUACGCAACCCCAAAGUGCUCCUCCUCGACGAAGCCACCUCUGCCCUGGAUAGUCAGUCAGAGAAGGUGGUACAGGAAGCGCUGGAUAAAGCUGCAAAGGGAAGGACGACGAUUGCCAUUGCGCAUAGACUGUCGAGUAUUCAGCAUUCAGAUCAGAUCUACUACUUUUCGGAGGGGAAGGUGGAGGAGCGGGGGACACAUCAGGAGCUCUUGGCUCUCAGAGGUGGAUACUACGAGUUGGUGCAAAUGCAGAAUCUGAGUAGGCAAUAG